AUGCCAUUGUAUUUGAAGAGAAAACAGUCAAUAGCUGUGGCUUGUGAAGGACACAAACUGAAGAUAAAAUGCCCAAAUAAGUACGACAAUUGAUUGAUUAAAGGGAGAUUUAGAGUCACGUUAACGGCAAGCGGAAAACGUGAGAUUCAAGUCGGCAAUUUCUCAAAUAAGAAAAAUUGAGUAGGAUGAACCUUACAUGAAGCUGCUAUUUUUGAGGGUACAAGAAACAUUAGAUGACAAGAGGAGGGGACACCACUACUCACCACUGAAUCUUUAUCAAGUGAUGGACUCCGACGUUUUUUCACGCGAUUUAUACUGUGAAUCAUGUGACAAAACGUCCUGGCCGUUCGCGGAAAGCUCAUAACCGGUGUUCAUGUUCAAUGCUGGAGCCCGAUGAUAGAUUUCGAUGGCCUCCUUCCCUCCUUGAAUUUAAAACCUCGGCUAUAUUAAAUAUAUUUAAGAUAGGAUUAAGUAACUCUUUAUUCGCAUAUAUGUGAUUCUAAAUCUCUCUCAUACGUUUAACAAAUGGCUGUUGCCAUAAGUUGUAUUCUCUGUACAUGUAGUAUGCCACAACAAUACAAUACAUCUAAACAACAACAAUACAAAGACAGGAAAGGAAAGCGACACGCAGGGUAUUCAAAAGCUAAAAUAAGUGAUGUUCAUUUCCAGUUUCCAGUAGUACAUUCAAACUCUCUUUGCAACUCUUAGAAAAACAAAAAGAAUUCCGAACUAACUUUUAAAGGGUUAACUUCGAUAUUUUAUCAUUAUUUUCUAGGUACGAUCGCAUCGCAUUAUACAGCACAUUUUAUGGCAGGGAUGAAAACAGCACGUGUAAACACAACGUCCUUCCCUACAAAGGACAUUGCGUGGCCGAGGAACAGAGAGUCAAUAAGAAGUUAUAUGACCUGUGUCAAGGGGAAACUAAGUGUUUCGUGUCAGCUACUAAUGCCUUCCUUGGCACAAAGAAUUCGAGUAUUUGUCCUGAUGUGUAUAAAUACGCCAGAGUGGUAUACCGCUGUAUACAACAUCCAAAGAUUGUUCCGGUAGGUAUGCAUGUGCAAAUGUCCUUAAAAUAACUAAUGACUAAAUCUGUGUAUUAGUGCUCAGGAAAGGGGUCAAAAUGCGAAACUGUAUGAAUUUUUAAGCAAUGAGUAUGUGAAAAUCAUAUCUUUGAAUUGCGGAGAAAUGAUUAAACGUGAAGAAGAUCUUAGCAGUUGUAGGUUUGCAGAGGUAACGCUGAGGUUAAGAGGUCGAAUCCCGUACGAACCUGAAUUUUUUUUCUUGCAGCUGCAAAAGUUGCGAAGUGUCCAUGAUCAAGUUAAAUAAAUCUCAUCGGUUCUUUCUAAAAAAAAUACUUGCAUGAAAUCUAUAGGCUAUCAGUCAAAGUUUCGGAGAAGCCGCACAGAAAGAACGACCGCCUAGUGUAUGGCAAAAAAAAUGGUCGUACGAUAACUUAUUGCAGUGUCGAUACCUUUAAUUAUUUGUAAUGCCAAUGCAAUAUACUGUUUGGACCUGGCGAAGGUCAGUGGAAGCAGGGGAAAGAAAAGCAAAGUGCAUGGUGUGACUGGAGCACUGUAAGAGCAGCAGCCAAAGAAAGAGAAGCCUCGGGAAAGAGAAAAUGUCACGGAAUUAUUUUUAAAAGAGACAAAUGAUAAUGAUGAUAAGAAUGACUGUUUUGAUAUCCAAUAUAAUGUAGUUGUAAGCUGUGAUAAUGUCUUCCUUCUGUUUUCAGGUAUGUCCUUUACCUUGCCACAAACCAUACAAAUGUUUCCCCAGAUGUGACAUCAGCUGCUGCACCCUCCCUCCCCUCCGCCACCACCCCUCCUCCCCCGCCAUCAUGCCCUGA